GUGUAAACGUUAUUUACGUGUCAAGAGAAAGUUACAUCUAAAUAUAAUAAUUAUGUUCUGUUAAGUGAUGAAAGUGCUUAGAAAUCAGACAUUAAGUGUUACUGCAUACAAGGACAAGGUUUUUUAACAAUUAAAGUAAACUGUGAAUUUAAAUUAACGUUUGGUCGAUAAGUGUGAGUUGAUGCAAAUGGAUCUAAUGUUGCAGACAAAGGAAUAUUCUAGGGACGAAGAUUAAGAAACGGGUCACUAAUUUCUUAACGACAAUUUCAGUGAGCUAAUCUGAAAAACAUUCUCUAAAUAAAUUAAUGCAGAGAAUAAGACACAACGGGAAUCAGUUACAGAUGUACUGAAAUUUGCUGAUAUCUAGAUUAAAGAGAAGCGAUUAGAUGGAGCAACUAACUCAAUUCGUUUCGAAAUCUUUCGAACCCGGACUGUGUACCAAUAAUCGCAGUGGGCCCAUCGUGGAGGAGACGCCCACCAAUCACGCUCAUCCCGAAUGGGGCCCGGUGGCCCCCUCAGGCCUGUCUCUGUCGCAGCUGCAGAAGAAACCCUCGCCGGUAUCACCCUGCCCCGACACCAGAGGCUCGUCUUCUGUCUGCGGAGAACAGCCUCCGAGCCGGGGGUCCUCUGUCUCGCCUGUGGUGGAUCCUGAUGACUCCAGAUCGUCACCCGGAAGCGCCGGGAAUCCAUUGCUACUGAACUCACCAGGAACAGAACCGCAGAGCCCGGAAGGCGGGACAGAGCAGAGACCCGGAGGAGUGAACGCGACAGGAAACAAAAUUGUCCUAACUGCCAGAGAAGAGAACAAGUCAGUGCUGGAACAGAACCAGAGGAAAGAGAACACAGGAGACCACCUAAAUACGAAUCAUCACCACCACCAUCACCACCAUCACCACCACAACGGCGCCAGCACACCGAAACAGAACAAGCAGCGCCGCAGUCGUACCAACUUCACGUUAGAGCAACUCAACGAGCUGGAGAGGCUGUUUGACGAGACACACUACCCAGACGCCUUCAUGAGAGAGGAACUUAGCCAGAGGCUGGGACUUAGCGAAGCCAGAGUUCAGGUUUGGUUUCAGAACAGACGGGCGAAAUGCAGGAAACACGAGAGUCAGAUGCAGAAAGCGGCAGGGAUGAUGCUGACGAGCCACAGCCCUCCUAUAGCAACCCCUCUGGAGCCGUGCCGGGUCGCACCCUAUGUGAAUGUGCCGUCCCUGAGGCUCCCCACAGCGUACGACCGCCUCACGUUCCCUGCCUUCUCGGCCUUCGACCCGGCUUUGCUGACCGCGGCCCACCAGUACGCAGCUGCAGCGGCAGCGAUGACGUCCAAUUCGUCUCCCCUGGUCUUCUGCCACCCGCAAUACCCACUUGGACUGGCUGCACUCGCCGCAGUCCACCACGAUCGUCUGCAGUCCAAGAACUCCAGCAUUGCGGAUCUUAGGCUAAAAGCUAAGAAACAUGCAGAAGCCCUAGGACUCACCACCCGCGAGAAGACUGUUUAAGUUUGUAUCGUGCACUCCCUGACACAAUAAAUCGAUACAGACGACUGAUACAAGAAGUCGAUACUAUCGAUAUAGACGCCCCUAACUUCCGUUUAAGCAGUAAUUCAAAUUUACUGUGUCUGAUAAAAUAUAAAAAGCAAAUAAUUGACGUUUUUAGCCUACCAGGAAACCGAAUGUCUUGUAUCAAACGAUAUUUUAAAUCAUCUCUGUGAAAGGAGUGACAGGCCUGCCAACAGUGAGUUUCGAAAUGUGUGCCUCUCCGGUAUAUUUGAAUGGAAGAUCUGUAUAGAUGACCACCAAAUAUCGUCAUGAAAAUCUUAAUGCACCCUUGACCUUAAUUAUGGGUAAAACAUAUUAAUAGUCAGCGGACCAGAAACCUAUAAUCGACUUUUAAGAAUUGACCAAUAGGAAUAACAGAAGAUUACAACUAAAAUUUAAAAUAUUUAAAUAUAUGUUUAACAAAAAGCAGACAUUUGAUAUGACAAGGAUGAUGAAAAUACUACUACUACUA